GAAUUAGAAAUUAUUUGAACCACUUAAGAAGCGAGUAUAAAUUAAUCGCAGAUGAUGCGUAAAUAUACAUAUUACAAACUCAUACAUUCGUGACAGGGUCUAGUUUUAACUAAAUAGGAAACUUCGUGAUUCUUUAACGAUGAUUUCAGUCAUUGUGUUGGGAAUCCUGUGUCUGGCAUGGCACGGGACGGCAGGAAAUCCUACUGCGGAAUGUAGAGACAAGGCGGCUGACGUCGUAUUUAUCUUAGAUUCAUCAAACAGCAUUUGGCCAGGAGAUUUUGCUAAGCAAACCAAAUUUGUGAGCAAAGUCUCCCAAGAAUUUGACAUAGGACCUGGCCCUACCCAAACAAGAGUUGGCGUCCUGACUUUCGGUCAUGAAGUCUGGCGUAAAUUUGAUCUUAAAGAUCACACUGACGUAAAGUCUCUGGUUAAAUCGGUGACGAAGAUUAGACAUGAUCGUGGGAGAAGGACGAACACUGGCGACGCUAUAACAACUGCAGUAAACGACAUGUUCACGAUUGAAGCUGGGCAUAGACCAGGUGUAUCUCGUAUUGCUGUAGUAAUCACUGACGGACGUUCCCAAAACGUUCUAGCAACGCAAGCAGCAGCUAAACUAGCUCAUGAUAGCGGCAUCACAACAUUUGCUCUAGGUGUUGGACGGCGUAUUGAUCUAAAAGAACUGGCCGACAUAGCAAGUGAUCCAGAUAACGAAUAUCUUUAUAUGGUAGAUAAUUUCAACGCCUUGGAUAACAAACUUGUUAAACGAUUAUCAAAGACAACAUGUCAGGUUACACAAGAACCUCCACUUACUAUACCAACAACUACUGAAGCUACGAACAUACCGUCAGAUCAAUCACUGAAAAAUUGUGGUGGAAAGCCAGCUGACGUAUUUUUCAUCAUCGACUCGUCUGGAAGUAUCACAAGUAAAGACUUUAACAAAGAGGUCCAAUUUGUACAAAGUGUGGUAAAGCUGUUUGAUAUUUCCAGCGAGAAAACUCGUGUUGGAAUAAUAAGUUUCAGUCAUAUGUCUAAAUUGAUUCUUCCCCUUGAUAAAACACUCAGUAAACCACAACUUCUGAGCAAGAUAAGAAACAUAGAUCACAUUGGUGGCGGAACAAAUACGGCAGAAGCAUUGAGAAUGGUGCGUCAGGAUGGAUUCAGGAGAGACAAAGAAAGACCAGGUGUUGCCAAGAUUGCUAUAGUUUUGACAGACGGACUAUCUGCAAAUGAAGAUUUGACAAAAAGGGAAGCUAAACUCACCCAAAUGGCCGGCAUUAAAGUGUUUGCAAUAGGUAUUGGAGAUGGUAUCGAUCUACUUGAAAUAAGGAACAUUGCCAGCAAUCCAGAUGAUAAUUACGUAUUCCAAGUGGACGACUUCAACUCUCUUGAAACAAUUAAAGAUGUACUAGCCAUAAAAGCAUGCAAAGAGAAACCGAAUGACACACCAGACCAACCAAACGAUCAGCCGAGAUGCUUGGUGAAGAAGAACACUGACGUUAUGUUUGUUUAUGACUCGGCAGCAUUAGGUCCAACAAAAUCAGAAGCAAUUUCCCAGUUCAUAGCAACAAUUGUCUCCGGCCUGGAUUUGUCCUCUGGAUUUCUCCAUGUAGGACGAGUUACCGAUAAUUGUCCUACAGGUGGAAAUUUUCAACUAAGUAAUAGACUCUCUGCGGCCGAUUUCACAAGUAUUGGGUUCUCCUCCUACACAAACCUUAUCGAGAAGGUACGGCGUGCAGGUUUUACAUCGGAGUAUGGCGGACGAGAUGACGCAUCUAGAUCCUCUAUUUUAUUUGUAGAUUCCGAGAUGAACGGGCUCGACGGCAGAGCACUUAGUGCUGCGAAAGAACUCCUCAAGUCAUCAGAAGUUUUUGUCGUAGCUGUUGGAAACAGCCAGACUAUCAGAGACUUUUCUCAGUCGUUCAGAGGCAAUAACUUCCUGCACGUCGACUCUUACAAUGAGUUGCCAUUAACAUCAAACGUUUUUCUAAACCAGCUGUGCUAUUUCAUUACUCUUAACUCGGUGGACUACAAUAUUGACUAUGUUGUGCCGGUCUAAAGGCAUUAAGAUAGAUACUUUAUUCUUUUAUUUCGUUCCCAAGUAUCAUUAUUCACAAUAUUUGUGACUUUCGUCAUCAGCGUGUGAACAUUCUUGACAAUUACCACCGCACAAACAUGUUACGUUAGAUUCCAUUGCUGUUUAGUUAAGAAAAAAUGUUUAAGCAAAGCUACAAAUUGGUCAAUAAAUUGUAUACAAUUUUAUGCAGAUCUUAGGUAGCUCUAGGUGGAGUAUAAAACUUGCGAUUACUUUUCUGUGGGAAACGGCUUAAAAUGUUGCAGAUUGUACUUCUUUUAUAAACUAUACAAUGAUAUGUAUUUAUGAUGUAUAUUUCUUACAUGUUAUUUUACUUUCUUGUUCCGUCCAUAUUGUUAUUUCAGGAGAAUGUCCAUUCUUUAACGAGCCUUUAUCAGGUUGACACUGUUGGCAGCGACAACAUUUAUACCGAAUAGAUCGAUGUGGAUUCGAGCCUCACUCGGGGCGUUGAAUUCUUCAUGUGAGCUGGAUGGCUUUCUCACGGAAGGUCAGUGGUUCUACCCAGGUACCUAUCAUGUGUCGGUGCGACGUUAAAUUCAACAAAAAAACCAGAUUUGAACUAAAUACUAUUGUAUAAAUUAUGAUACUCCUUGUAUCUCAUACAAGCAUGAAGGACGGAAAUAUGUUCCUUGCAACUCCAUCUUUUAAAUGGUUUUAUUUAACGAGACUAUUUUUAACAUUUUUAUUCUUUUGAUUAUAUAUAUUAUACAACGGUAUAUGCAAUUUUGUUUUUACAUCUUUCUCCUGUUUGUUAAUAUGUCACAUGUGCAAUAAAUUACAUAGUGUAUAUUUGAUUUA